AUGGUAAGAAUCAAUGACUUUAACGUGCAAAGAGUGCUUCUGGACCAGGGCAGUUCCGCAGAAAUCAUUUACGGAGAUACGUUUGAUCAGUUGGGAUUAACAGACAAGGAUUUAAAGUCGUACACGGGGAUCCUAGUAGGUUUCUCUGGGAAGAGGGUCCAGGUGCGCGGCUACGUGGAUUUGUUUACGGUCUUUGGGGUUGGCGAAAGCGCUGAGCUUCUACGCAUAAGGUAUUUGGUCUUGCAGGUUACGGUGGCAUACAAUGUCAUCAUAGGGCGGAACACAUUGAAUCGUCUCUGUGCAGUGAUAUCCACGGCUCACCUGGCGGUAAAGUACCCCUGGAUUUGCGGUAAAGUAGGGAGAAUCGCAGUAGAUCAGCGAUGGGCAAGAGAAUGCUACAACAACUGCCUUAGUGUAUAUGGUAAGAAGGGAGUUAAUGAUGGGCACAGGUGUCAUGAAAUUGAAGUCUCUGAGGGCGGAUGGAAACAGCCAGCUGCACAGGGCCAAAGCGCCGCGAGAAGGCGGGAGCAGCCGAUCAGCGAAAGCAUAAAAAGGUCAAGAAAAGACCGAAGUCAGGACAGAGAAAGCUGA